AUGGCCGCUGACAAUCUCGAACGAGAAUCGCACACGGCCGAAAAGAUUGCCGAUGAACCCAAGGCGGGCAGUAAUGACCUGGAGAAGUCUGAGACGGAAAGCUUCAAGCAGGAUGGGGUGAAGAAUGUCGAAGCCGUCACCUCCGUGUGGUCCAAGAAGGCCCUGUGGCUUACUUUCGUCAUGAUCUACGUAGUGCAGUUCGUCGACAUGCUCAUGCAGAACACCCAGUCCAGUCUCGAGCCCUACAUCACUUCGUCCUUCAGCAAGCAUGCGCUCCUCGCAACGACAAGUGUUAUGUCGAGUAUCAUUGGCGGUGUGUCCAAGCUCACCAUAGCUAAGAUCAUUGAUAUCUGGGGGCGUGUCGAGGGCUUUGGCCUGGUCAUUGGACUUCUCGUCAUCGGUAUGCUUAUGAAGGCCCUAUGUCAAAAUGUACAGACCUAUGCUGCCGCUGCGGUCUUCUACUGGGUCGGCCAUACCGGACUUGGAUAUAUCAUUGACGUCUUCGUGGCCGACAUGACCUCUCUCCGAAACAGAGGCAUAAUGUUUGGUCUCAAUGCCACUCCUACUCUGGCGACGAUCUUUGCUGGACCCGCGAUCGCGCAAGCAUUCUACACUCACUCCAACUUCCGAUGGGCCUUUGGCUGCUUCUGUAUCAUCAUUCCAGUCAUUGCAGCGCCAAUCAUGGUCAGCUUCUGGAUGAACCAUCGAAAAGCCAAGCGACUUGGGGUGAUUGCUGGACGGAACUCCGAACGCACUUGGCAUGAAUCUAUUCAUUACUACGUCGUACAAUUCGACGUUCUCGGAAUGCUUCUGAUUACGGCUGCGUUCGCUCUGGUCCUCCUCCCUAUGAGUCUCGCUUCGUCGUCCAAAGACAAGUGGGCAAGUGGAAGCAUGAUCUCUAUGAUCGUCAUUGGUGUCGUGUGCUUUGCGGCCUUCGCUGUCUGGGAGAAGCGAUUUGCUCCAAUACAGUUUUUGCCCUGGCGGUAUCUUAAAGACCGAACUAUCCUCGGCUCUUGCAUAUGCAACUUUGCCAUGUUUAUUUCUAUCUAUUGCUGGGAUAUUUACCUCACAUCCUACAUGCAGGUGGUCAAUCGCGUGAACAUUCGAGACGCUGGCUACAUCCUCAACAGUUACUCGCUUACCUCCUCCGUUAUUAUGCCCCUUUGUGGCUUGCUGAUUCGUUAUACGGGCCGCCCGAAAGCCGUCGCGUUGGGGGCUGUUCCUCUCGCCACACUCGGAACGGGAUUACUCGUCUACUUUCGUCACCCCGGAAGCAAAGUCGGAUACAUCACGAUGUGCCAGAUACUCAACGGCGCAGCAGGCGGUAUGCUUUCCAUUGCCAUGCCUCUUGCUGUCAUGGCCUCCGUCAGCCACCAGGAAGUCGCUGUCGUGCUAGCACUACAUGGCCUCUUCGCGUCCAUCGGAGCCGGUGUUGGCCUCGCAGUAUCGGGUGCCAUGUGGACCAACCUUCUUCCUGCCGCCCUCGUCAAGUACCUUCCCGAGUCACACAAGGCCGAAGCGAUGACGAUUUACGGUGACCUUACCAUUCAGCUAGGCUACGAAUGGGGUAGCCCUGUGCGAGAGGGCAUCAUCGCUGCUUAUGGAGAAGUGCAGAGAAAGAUGGUCAUCGCAGGCGCAUGCUUCAUGCCUCUCCUCUUUGCAUCCAUCAUUGUCUGGAAGAAUCACAAUCUCAAGAAGAUUGAGCAAACCCGAGGUAAUGUGUUCUAA